GACCAGCUAGAUGAGAGAUUGAAGGGAAAAUGAAUGGAGCAAUGUACAGAAAAGUCCUUGAGGGAAAACCUGCUGCCCUCUGCAAGAAAGCUGAAACUGGGACGGAAGUUCACCUUUUCAGCAUGACAUGACAACGAUCUGACGCACACAUCCAAAGCUACAGUGGAGUGGCUAAGGAAUAAAAAGGCUCUUCAGCAGAGGCGCUAGUCAGUCUUAAAGAGGGCAGUCUGUCAAAUACUUUGAAUGAGAAGCAAACAAAAUCUCACAACACGAGAGGACGACACACCUUGGUGUCCAUGGAAACGCCCACGCGGAGCUCCAAGAGGAGCAGACUGUUUAGGGAGGAGGAGGAGCAGCGCCUCCCAUCCAGAUCCCCUAGAAGGAGCCAGAGGGUCACCUCUGUACCCCAGAAGUUUGCUAAUGUGACGACCCCAGAUAAGAAAGUGUCUCAGAGAAUCGGGCUGAGGUUGAGAAACCUCCUCAAACUUCCUAAAGCACACAAAUGGUGCAUCUACGAGUGGUUCUAUUCUAACAUCGACGGACCUUUAUUUGAAGGGGACAAUGACUUCUGCCUGUGCCUGAAGGAAUCCUUUCCCAACCUGAAGACCAGGAAGUUGACCCGUGUGGAGUGGGGUACAAUCAGGAGACUGAUGGGGAAACCCAGACGGUGUUCGUCUGCGUUCUUUGCUGAGGAGCGGACUGCGCUGAGACAGAAGAGGCAGAAGAUGCGUAUGCUGCAGCAGAGGAAGUUUUUUGACGUGGCACACUGCAAAGACCUCCCCGACGAGAUCCCCCUGCCGCUCGUCAUAGGAACCAAAGUCACCGCUCGUCUUAGGGGAGUCCAUGACGGCCUGUUCACUGGGCAGAUCGAUGCCGUGGAUACGGGCGCUGCUACUUACCGUGUGACAUUUGACCGGAAUGGGCUGGGCACACACACCGUGCCUGAUUACGAAGUGCUGAGUAACGAGCCCAACGAGACCAUGCCCAUCUCAACCUUCGCACAGAAACUUAGACCCUCCCGCUUCCAGAACUUCAUGACCCCUCCCAGAGUGACCUACCCCGCCGCCACCACACCUGUCCUCAUGGACAAUGAUCCCCUCAUCAGCCAGUCUCCAUGGAAAAACAAACUCCCUGGAGCGGACGGGGACACACUCGGAGGAUUCCCUGUCAAGUUCCUCGUCCAAGUGACGAGGCUCUCCAAGAUCCUCAUGAUCAAGAAAGAACACAUCAAGCACUUGAAGGAUAUGAACGCAGAGGCUGAAAAACUGAAAUCGUGCUCGACGCCUAUAGGCCUGGAGUUCCAGAAGCGUUAUGCCACCACAGUCCUGGAGCUGGAGCAGCUCAAUAAAGACCUGAACAAGGUGCUGCACGAGGUCCAGCAGUUCUGCUAUGAGCUGGCCCCAGAUCAGGGCAUGGCUCCUGCAGAUCGGCCCACAGAGCUGCGUCAGCGCUGUGAGGAGGAGGCCAAGGAGAUGGUGCAGCAGACCAACACCCUCCGUGACGACCAGCAGUGCGUCUCCAACGCCAGCCUCACACACCUCAUCUCAGGCCUUACUGCCUUACUGCUGCAGAUCAAGUGUCUGGCUGAGGGAGGAGACCUGAACUCCUUUGAAUUUAAAUCGCUCACUGACUCUCUGAACGACAUAAAAAGCUCAAUAGACCCCUCCAACCUCAGUUGCUUCCAGAACAACGUAGAGAUUCACGUAGCCCACAUCCAGAGUGGUCUGAGUCAGCUGGGAAACCUCCACGCCUUUGCAGCCAACAACACCAACACGGUCUGAACACACACAGAGAGCGGCCUGGUCAGCACCAACUAAGUGGAACAUACACACUAUCUCGAGUGACUGUGAAAGAAGAGGUCGGUUUGUGGAUCCCCUGACUUUCAAACAAAAAGCCCCCACUGAAAUGAUCUGGCUCAACAUGUAGGCUAUGUUUCUGUGGUUGUGGGGAAAUAUCCUUACUUUUCUCACAGCUGUCUGUCAUCCACAUGUUUGAUUUUAUUGUAUAUAUGUCUUUGAAAAUGAUUUGUUUACUGUAAUGAACACGGACAAAAUGUAAUGUCAAACCGGCCCUGGUCUAUAGACUAGACUUUGGUCACUGCAAGAAUUCACACACAAAAUUCCAGUUGUAGAUUUAUUCUAUGGUCUCAUGUGCCAAACAGUACUUCAAGCAGUUUAUAUUAUAAUCCAUAUUUAUUUUUAAGAGUUGGUGAUAAAACAAGAUUUAGCAUUUGGAGCUUCCCUUUGAGUCAAUGUUUUUGUGUUCCUUUACUCCACUGGUAGUAAGCACAGGGUAGGCUAAAGAAUGUUUUGUAAAAUUGUUUAUUGUAGAUAUUUGUACAAUACCUUUAUGAGUACUCUGAUUUAUCGUUCACAUUUGUGUAACCCUCUGAGAUGGCUUUUGUAAUUUUGUGUGCACUGAAGAGAUUUGAGUAUUUUUGUAAAAUGAGAAUUCUGGUUUUUGAUGCAGUUGACUCAAAUGGAUUGACAGCCUCGAAAGGGCACUGUUGAAGCAUCAGGCCUACAUGUAACCUAAAUUCAAACACAAUACUGAGGUGAUAAAUGUUUGUUCCCAGAAUUUCUCCAUUUCACCUUUUUUGUUUUGUAAAUCUGUAUAUGGGAAUUUGUAAAUAUUCCUUGCUGUCAUUUUAUAUUAAACAUAUAGCCAAGCAAA